AUGGGGGGUGGGUGCUUGUCAGAAGAGAAAGGAGGACCAGUGACGUUGUUUCCCACAGCACCCCCUCCAGAACAAGCUCCGGUCCCACCCCGGCCCUACCAGGGUGUCCGUGUGAAGGAGCCCGUGAAAGAGCUCCUGAGGAGGAAACGCGGGCAUGCCAGCAGUGGGGCAGCAGUGACGCCGACCGCGGUGGUGCUGCCCCAUCAGCCCCUGGCAACAUACACCACAAUGGGUCCUUCCUGCCUUGACAUGGAGGUCGCUGCUUCCACAAUGACGGAGGAGGGGGCCCUGUGCGCGGGUUGGCUCUCUCAGCCUGCCCCGGCCACCCUCCAGCCUCUGGCCCCAUGGGCGCCCUACACCGAGUACGUGUCCCACGAGGCUGUGAGCUGCCCCUACUCAGCGGACAUGUAUGUGCAGCCUGUGUGUCCCAGCUACACAGUGGUGGGGCCUUCCUCGGUGCUGACCUAUGCCUCUCAGCCACUCAUCACCAACGUCACGACGCGAAGUGCCGCCACACCCACAGUGGGGCCCCAGCUGGAGAGCCCAGAGCACCAAGCUCCCCUCACCUAUUUCCCGUGGCCUCAGCCUCUUUCCACGCUGCCCGCCUCCACGCUGCAGUACCAGCCUUCAGCCCCGGCCCUGCCCGGUCCCCAGUUUGUCCAGCUCCCCUUCUCCAUUCAAGAGCCAGUGCUCCCAGAAAUGGAGGACCCCAGGAGAGCCGCCAACACGCUGACCAUCGACAAGCUGCUGUUGGGGGAAGAGGAUGCCGAUGGCUACCCGCUCAACCAUACUCUCUCUGUGGAAGGCUUUUAGGGCCAGCGCCCACCUGGCGUCCUGGUCCCUGAAACUGGGCUUUCAAAGCGAGCCUGGGGCUGCGCCUCAGAGGCAUUCCUGCUUGGCGCAACUGUUUCAUUACUACACUUUCUAGCAAAAACCCAAAACCCCAAGAAUUGUUGACUUGACUUCCUUCCUCUCCCUCCCUCUUUUCUUUCCUACUUU